UUAGUGAAUAGACGUAUAAAAUUAAUAUACUUACUGAAUAAACGGCACAAAUGUAUCCAUGGACGUGUUGUAGGACUUGUUUAGGCUCAGAAAGUUUAAAUCCAAUUUUUCCUGAGUUUGGUAAAAAACACAAAUAUUCGGAGGCUGUGUUCGCUGCUACUGGUUUGAUGGUGGAUCCCAACGACUACCUACCUCAGCAAAUGUGUUCAGCAUGCAUCGCCUUCAUAAACGAAUCAAAAGAGUUCCGUAAAAAAGCAAUAGAAUCCCACAAAGAGCUCCUCAAACGUCUGCAAAGCUGUUCCAAUGACAGUAAAUUGGUUUUGGAGUACGAACCAGAAAAAAAGCCAUUGAAAAUAGAAAUCGAAAGUAAUAAUCCGAUCAAUAUUAAUGAUGACUGGAAUGAUAAGUUUUCAGAUGACGACGAUAUUCCAUUGGACCAUUUUAAGUCUGUCAAAAAGUUUGAAGCCGAUUCAUCUGACGAUCACAAACAAAUCCCUGAUAAACCUAAUGGAGAAAAUAAUUUGAAUUCCACACAAGAUUCUGUAUUAAACGCCCCAGAUAAUGUAAAUAUAGGGAACAAAAUUGACGAAACUACAGAAAAAAAGACGGUUAAAAGAAAACCCAGAAGAAAAAAGACAGAUAAAGAAGACAAAAGUACAGUCAAGAAGGAAAGAGUGAAAGAAAGAAUAGAGUGUGAAUACUGCCAUAAGAUAUUAACGUCUAAAUUGUCGGUUAGAAACCAUUAUAAGAUACACACUGGUUUUGAUGUAGUGUGCGAGCACUGCGGCAAGAAGUUCAUAACUCGUCGUCUGCUGCUGAUGCACUGUCGAGCCAAACACGGCUAUGAGAAGGUUGACAAGUGCUCGUACUGUGACUAUAGGGGCUCCAACGCGGAGCAAGUCAAGAUACACGAGCGUCUUCACACUGGCGAGAAACCGUACAAGUGCGGGGAGUGCGACGACGCGUUCCACAGAAAGAGCAGCUACUUGCAACACAUCGCUACGCACUUGACGGAGAAAACCGUGCAGUGCACCGAAUGCCCCUCCCGCUUCAAAUCGGUCACUUUAAUGCGCAUCCACCGCGCUCGGCACAAACCGUCAUCGCACGCCUUCCGCUGCGAGUUGUGCGGUAAGAGCUUCGCGCGUCGCCGCAACGCAGCGCGCCACGUGUAUAGGGCACACCGCGCCCAGGGACACGUCGCGAGGUACAAGAACAAUACAGGGAUCUCUACGUAAAGGUUGGUUGAGUUACAGAGAAAAUAUUGUCACUAUUUGAGCCAUAGGGUCGGUUUGUUGCGAUUUAAGGUCAUUGUGAAGUCAUUUAGACACUUA